GGAAAGCAGAUGGAAACGUACCCACCCACCUCUUCUUUGCCAGCACCUGGUCCUGGGAACAUGGGGUUUAUGAAAGACUAAAGGAAGAGGGGUUUUGUGCUGUCACCACAUCUCUGUAGUCCCUCCUGGGACAUCUGAGUUCAACUUGUUCUCUCUCCUUCAGUGUUUGCUCUGAGUAUCUGCCUCAAGAUCUAGCACAAUAACCCCCUUAUACUUUUUCUGAAAACAGGGCUUGGCUCAUCAGACUCCUCAUUGAACUCACACGCUAGUUAUUCCAAAGCAUGGGAUGUUUUCAGUGCACAGUAAAAGCCCUCUGAAGUGAGGCCAGAGCCAGAACUCCGCAGGGAGGACGAGCAGCAUUGCACAGCCAUGGAUUCAAACAAACAAGAAGGAGAAACUGAAAAUGUGCCAGUGAGUAACCCUGCAACACAGAUUUCUCAGUUGCAGGCACUGGCCUCUGAACUAAAAACUGGUUUCACUGAAGCAAUGCAGGAACUUUCAAGAAUUCAGCAUGGAGAGUAUGCUCUGGAGGAGAAGGUUAAGAGCUGCCACUGCACAAUGGAAGAGAAAGUGUCAGAGAUGAAGAAUUCGCUGAACUCUUUCAAGGAGGAGCUCAGUGAUGCCAAGUCGAAGAUUGAAGUGAUCAGUGCCAAGCAAGAGGAAAUGCAACAGAAAAUUGAACAGCUGCAACAAGAGAAACGUAGGGAAUCCCGGAAAGUGAAAACUAAAAGAACACAAAAGGAUGAACACGGGUCACAAACGGUGCCUACUCCUCUACAAGGCAGUCCGUUCCGAUCGAUAAAUCUCCCGGAACCUGUACUGAUUAAUGAAGAUUUUACAAGUCUUUUGCACCAUGCAACCUAUGAGAGAGUCUCCGAUACCAGAUCCAUGGCAGCUGGAGAAGGAAAUGUGAAAGUAGUGUCAGGCACUGGCAGGAGCAGUGCAAAUCCAGAGACAGAAGAAAGCCUCAAGCCUUCCUUGCCGGCUGACAUUCAGCCAAAGGGCCACCCCACAUCGACUGUGUGGAAGCAGCCCAAGGACAGUAAAGAGUGGGGUGAUGAAUAUAUUUCUAAGGAGCACCCAGACAGAGUGAAGGAAACAGGCCAAAGCAGAUACACCUCAGUGGACAAUGUCUUAUGUGAAACUUCUUUCACUGCCAAAAGACAGAGCAUUGCUUUGGAGCUGCUCGAGUCCGAGAGGAAAUAUGUCAUCAACCUGUCCCUGAUCCUGAAGAUCAAAGCCACAUUGCAAGGCUCAGACAUGAAGAGGAACACCAAGGAGAGAAGUUUCUUCCCUGGUUCUUUACGAUACCUGGUCCAGCAGCAUGUAGACUUACUUCACACACUGCAAGAGAGGGUGCUGAGCUGGCCACGUCCAGGAAUCCUGGGAGACAUAUUCCUGAAGUUAACAAAUGAUGAGAACAAUUUUCUGGACUACUACAUUGCUUACUUGAGGGACCUGCCGGAAUGCAUCUCACUGAUCCACGUGGUGAUUCUGAAGGAGGUGGAAGAAGAAAUUAAGUCUGACCUCUACAUGCUGUUCUUUCACAUAGUCCAGCGUAUCCCCGAAUACCUUAUUCACUUACAGAACAUCCUGAAGUACACCGAGCAAGAGCACCCCGAUUACUACCUGCUCCUGGUGUGUGUGCAGCGCUUCCGCAUUUUUAUCUCGCACUACAGCCUGCUAUUACAGUGCAAUGAAGACCUGCUCAUACAGAAACGGAAAAAGCUGAAGAAGUCAUCCCUGGUUAAGUUAUACAAAGGUCUGGCUUCUCAGUGUGCCAGUGCCAGCCAGGAGGUUUCUCAACCACCCAGCACAACAGCCAUCCGAGACAGCGGGAUCUACUCCGAAGAGGUGAUGCAGCCGUUCCCAGCAACCCCCUCUUCCAGCACAACAGCCACGCAUUUGGUGCCACAGAUGAAGAAGAACCAGCCUGCAAAGAUGGAGAACAUCCAGGCUGGGAAGCCAUCAGAAUGGGAAAUGGAGGCUAGAAAACACGAAAGGCCAGAAAAUAUCCUUGCUUCGUCUCAGUUCCCCGAGCAGGAGCUAAAGGCCAUGUCCAUCCCCUUGCAAGCGAUCCCGGAGAUGGAAUAUGAAACUCCCCCAGCCGAUCCAAUGGGAAAUGCUGAGAGACCUGUCAGGACCUCGAUGGAGCUGCUGCAGGAUGCGAGAAGCUUUGCUCCAAACUAUGAAGAGUUGGACUAUGGGGGGGAAGUUUUCACCCUGCCAGGUCCCUACGAGGACGAGACCUUUCAAAACCUGGCUCUUUUUGAGAACUGCUCCCCGGCCUCCUCUGAAUCCAGCCUAGAUAUUUGCUUUUUAAGGCCUGUUAGCUUUACAGUGGAACCAGACAGGACAGAUCACUCGUCUCAGCCGCUGCCCAAAAGCAGCAGUGCUUACAAACAGGAGGCGUUUCACAGCAAAGGCAAGCAGCUGAGCAGGUCCCUGAAGGAGUUCCCCAGGAGCACUGAGGGCAUGAGCACUAGACUCUACAGCACCAGGAGCAGCAGCAGUAGCCAGCUGCAGCACAAGCAGGAGAGAAGCAUGCAACCUCACCUGAUCUCUGCAUCAUCUAGAAGCUCCCAAAGGAGCUACUUCCCCCCACCAAGAGGGCUGGGGGAGAAACAGAGCUUUUUGGAAGAGCUACAUGCAGAAGACAACAUCAGGUUCUGCCAGAAGGAUGACAACGAACAAACAUCCUUCAGCGAGCACAACCCGCGGCAGGAUCCCAAAGGGGGCUUCCGCAGCUCCUUCCGCAAGCUCUUCAAAAAGAAAUGAGCAGUCCAGCAGGAGGUGGGCAGUGAUCUAACUGCUACAGCUCUUCCCCUGAGCCCUGAGAUUGCAGACAGAAAACAAUCCAAGGCUGCAACUUCCAGGUCCAUGGCCAACACAAUAGAAAAGAGGGGGGACUCACAACAGCAUCUUGCUCUCCCUAAAACAGCGGAAGGGUGCACGGUAGAUCGAAACGGAGAUUGUUAGGGGUGGGGCAAAUUGAUUUGGUGACAAUAGGAACCCACUGAGCCUUCACCCAAAACCUAACUCAGCUUUCUAGCAACUCCCACUCUCAAAUCAUUUUUCUUUGCCCUGCCACGUUCCUUUGAGGCCCCAGAGUGGAAGUGCACGUGGGAGAGGCUGCACUUGUAGGUUUUCAGCCUGACUGGAAGCGGGAAGAACUUGGCUGAACAGGAU